AUGCUGUCUGCAGAUGUACUUAUGGGGCGUUUCUUUCUUCCUCUGCCUACGCAGGCGGUGAAGACGUUUUCUUUGCUCUUUUCAGUUGUUCAGUGGUCUCCCGGUUCUUUCCGACCUCGCGCCAUGCGAUCUGGAGUUUACAUCGUGAACGACCCAAGAUCGAACCGCGGAGACGCUAACAGCCCAACCUAUAACGGAAAUUGUCCACAAGUUCAACUCAAGAAAAUGGCCGGAGAUUCUGUAAAUGUUGACAUGGAUGACACACUGGAAAGAUCCGGAAACAUAUAUAGGUCUGCACUGACAAAAUUGGUUUGUUGUUUAUAUGCGCUUAUUAUCAUCGCCCUUGGAGUUGUGUUCUCCACAGCCGAUGCCUUAACUGCCCAGGAACGUGAACAUAAAUAUUACCUUGAAAUAUUCCUUAUUUAUCUGUACGUGAUGUCUCUGGCCAUCCUUCUCUACUUCCACGUACAUCUCCUUCGAGGAAUGCGAAACACGUACUUUGAGAAAAACCUUCGCAUCACGAUCCGUCGAAGCCAAGAUAACCUCCACAAGUCGAUAUCGACCGAACCGACCAGCGACGACAACGAGGAACAGGUGACCGCCCUGUCCGAUACGCCAACCAAAACGUGCAACCCAGACCAAAUGUCCACUUCAUCACAUGCCAGUUCUCAAAGCCAUCUGGAACUUCCGGCCGAAGGUACAGCCGCCCACGUCGGAGAAGGCAUCAACUUUUACCUCCGACUUGGAUGUUUAGCCUUCAGUUUAGGUAGCGUGGCCCUCGAUGGCUUCCAUAUUGCCACUUACUUCGAGACCGAAUCAACAGCAACUUGUGAAAGUCCCAUCUUUCCUAUGGUCUAUGUUGUGCACUUACUGUUUGUCUUUGUUCAAACAUUCUUCGUGUUUAAGAACCACAAGCUGGUCAUUAACAAAAGCAAAGCCUUGGUCAGGUUUGGUUUGAUGCAUCUGCUCGCUACCAACCUUUGCAUCUGGUCAUCCACAGCCAUUGCUGAAACAGCCAAAGACUACAGGCAGCAAGAGUUCUUCAAAAGCCAUGAACAUGCAGCUAAAGCGGCUCAGGGCGUCAAAUCCGUUACCAACACGACAAAAAGCUGUUUUGAAGACGUCACUCUGGCCAGAGUAGCCUCUCCUUAUCUCUUCCCUUGCACCAUCAUGUACAGCCUAAUUGCCUCUGGUAUCAUCCAUCGCAUGUACCUGUACGUCGGUGUGAAGGUCAAGCAAAAGUGGCCGAGCCACAUGUCCCUGACCAGUUCCCAACCACAGAGCACAGCGUCAAUGGACUGCGAAAAGGCCAACCGUGGUCUCUUUCUCGGGCUUCUUAUCGGGGUCAUCACACUGAUUGCAAUCGCGACAUUUUUCGUGUUCGAAGUCCGCAUUUCAGAUUCGGAGACCGCCAUUAAGGUGUUUUUUAUCACUGAAAUCGCUCUGCUCGUCAUCACUACCAUUGGUGUCAUUCUCGGUUAUCUUCGCCUGUCCACUCUGAGAUUCCGCAGUAGCCGAAUGAUAUCUCUCGAUUCCAUCUUGUUGAUCAUUGCAUUGUCCGGUACUUACGUCUACCUAUUCCUGUUGCUCAUUUCCUCAGCGUCUGGAUUUGAAGAAUUUGGUCUGGUCGCCAUUCUUUCUGUUAUUUGUAUCUGCAUGGAACUUGUCCAACUGAGUGUUCAAGCCGUUUUCCUGCUGGACGGUCUUUGUCGCAGUAUAAAAUACGAAGAACAACAGACAAGAAAACCGGGACGUGCUAUUGUCACCUUCCUGCUGGUGUGUAAUUUGGCACUGUGGUCGGUUAGUAGCUUUGAGGUGAAGAAAACAACCGUGGUCCCUUUGCAUGAGAAAUUCUUUGGUCUUCUGGCAUGGAACAUCAUUAUUCAUCUUUGUCUGCCACUCCUCAUCUUUAUCCGUUUCCACUCAGUCAUUUGUCUGUCGGAGAUUUGGUACGACGCUUAUCAGAAAGACAAAGAUCAUUAA